CCUACGGUAGAUCCUAUUGCUGUGUGCCAUGAGGUGUACAACACUGUUAGGGACCACAAGGACGACCAGGGAAGACUGCUUUGUGAGCUGUUCAUCAGGGUACCAAAGAGAAGGAAACAGCCAGACUACUAUGAGGUGGUGUCCCAGCCCAUAGACAUGACCAAGAUCCAGCAGAAGCUCAAGUCAGAGGACUACCAAGAUGUGGAGCAGCUCACUGCUGAUUUCCAGCUCAUGUUCAACAACGCRAAGACCUACUAUAAGGCUGAUGGUGUGGAGUACCAAAAGGCCUGCAGGCUGUGGGAACUCUAUGUCCACACCAGGAAUGAGUUUGUUCAGCCAGGGGAUGGUGAUGAAGAUGACGACGAUGGUGAAGACAUCCUAGAUAAUCCUGCUCUCUUCACUGAAGAUGAGACCCCACCGAGCUGCCUGAAGGAGGUUUUGGAGCAGCUGCUAGAUGCUGUAGUGUCAUACACGGACCACUCAGGAAGGGUCAUCAGUGAGCUCUUCCAGAAGCUGCCUUCCAAAGUGCACUACCCAGACUACUAUGCUGUUAUCAAGGAGCCCCUUGAUCUGAGAGCCAUCACUCAGAGAAUACAGAUUGGAUACUACAAAAGUGUCACCGGCAUGGCUAAGGAUGUUGACCUUCUGGUGAAAAAUGCAAAAACAUACAAUGAACCAGGAUCUCAGGUUUURAAGGAUGCUAACAUCAUCAAGAAGGUCUUCAUCCAGAGGAAGACUGAGAUAGACCAUGCUGAGCCCACUAAGACCAGUGUACGCAUCAAGAACCGGAGGUCAGCCCAGGGAGACCGUUUCUCUGCCAUCACCCUGGCUUUGCAGUACGGUUCAGAGAAUGACGAGGACGCCCUGCUCUCUGGCUCUGUGCAUUAUGACGAGGGUGAGUCUGAGGCGGAGUGCCUGAGCUCCAGUAUGGACAUGGGUAACCCAGUGUUCCAGCUGUARGAGGCUGUGAGGGGGGGCAGYAACAGCCAGGGACCGCUCCUUUCUGAACCCUUCCUCCAGCUGCCCUCCAGGAAAGAWUACCCUGACUACUACCAGCAGAUCAAACAGCCCAUCGCCCUGCAGCAGAUCAGGGAGAAGAUGAAGAAUGGGGAGUACGAGAGCGUGGAGCAGAUGGACUCUGACCUUACUCUGAUGUUUGAGAACGCCAAGUGUUACAACGUGCCCACCUCAGGCAUCUCCAAACGGGCCCUCCGGCUGCAGCAGAUCCUGCUGCUUAAGAAGAGGGAGCUUUUGAGGAGAGGCGACGAAGAGGAACAGGACAGCAUUCUGUCCUCUGACACAGGAACUGGCAGUGCCACCAAGAGGAAAAGCCAUAAGAAGAACAUGAAGAACCGUAUGAAGGCACUGUAUGCUGCAGUGACUGAAGCCAGAGAGGCAGGGACCAACCGGAGGCUCUGUGAUCUGUUCAUGGUCAAGCCCUCCAAGAAGGACUACCAAGACUACUACAAGGUGAUCCUGGAGCCCAUGGACCUUAAGACCAUCGAGCACAACGUCCGCUCAAAGCGCUACGCCACCGAAGAAGCCCUGAUGGACGACAUGAGGCUGAUGUUCCGCAAUGCACGUCACUACAACGAGGAGGGAUCUCAGGUUUAUAACGACGCUGGCAUCCUGGAGAAGAUAGUGAAGGACAAGAGGAAGGAGCUAGGAGCUUCUCCCGAGGAGGACACUGACAACAUGGGAUCUCCUAAGCUGAAACUAAGGAAGAGUGGUGUGUCUCCUAAGAAGUCCAAUAAGUGCCUGACCCUCCUGCAGCAGCGCCUCAACGAGCUGUAUGACGCUGUGAGGAACUACACAGACGCCAGGGGGCGACGUAUCUCCACCAUCUUCCUGCGCCUGCCCUCCCGUGCCGAGCUGCCUGACUACUACGCCACCAUCAAGAGGCCCAUCGACAUGGAGCGCCUGCGCAGCCACAUGGCGGGCGGCCGUUACCAGGACGUGGAUGCUCUGGUGGAAGACUUUGCAGUGAUGUUCAACAACGCCUGUACCUACAACGAGCCAGAGUCCCUGAUCUACCGCGACGCUCUGCUCCUCCACCGCGUGCUCCUGGAUACCCGGCGGCUGCAGGAGGGAGGAGAGGAGGGCGGCGGCUCUCCCCCUGCUGUAGGGCCCGUGGUCAUGGAACUGAUCAGGAACCUGUUUGUGUCUGUGCUGGCGCACCAGGACGAGGAGGGGAGGUGUUACAGCGACUCACUGGCUGAGAUCCCUGCCCAGGACCCGACCAGCCCGGAGAACCCUCCGCUCAACUUCGACGUGAUACGGGCCAACGUAGACCGAGGACGCUACCGCAGGCUGGACGUGUUCCAGGAGCACAUGUUCAAUGUGCUGGAGAAGGCCAGGCGCCUGCACAGGACGGACUCUGAGAUCUUUGAGGAUGCGGUGGAGCUGCAGCAGUUCUUUAUAAAGAUCCGGGAUGAYCUGUGUAAGAACGGAGAGAUCCUCCUCUCCCCUGCGCUCAGCUACACCUCCAAACACCUGCACAAUGACGUGGAGCAGGAAAAGAGAGAGAAAGUACCUAAGGAGAUAGAGGAGGACAAACUGAAGAGGGAGGAGGAGAACAAAGAGGAGGGAGAGAAGGCUGAGGACCCAGCUGGGGGAGGUGCGGGGCCAAAGAGGACAUACCGUCAGGACUGCAGCUUUGAGAACAGCACCUACCACGUGGGUGACUGUGUCUACGUGCAGCCAGCAGAGGCCAACCUCAAGCCUCACAUCGUCUGCAUCGAGCGCCUGUGGGAGGAUGAAGCAGGUGAGAAGUGGCUGUAUGGCUGUUGGUUCUACAGGCCUAGUGAGACCUUCCAUCUAGCCACACGCAAGUUCCUCAAGCAAGAGGUCUUCAAGAGUGACUACUUCAACAAAGUACCAAUCAGCAAGAUACUGGCAAAAUGCAUGGUCAUGUUUGUCAAGGAUUACUUCAAGCUUCAGCCUGAGGGAGUAAGACCAGAGGACYUGUAUGUCUGUGAGUCCCGUUACUCUGCCAGGAACAAGGCCUUCAAGAAAAUCAAGAUGUGGGCCGGGCCAGCCGGCGUGAGGUUUGUCCCUCGGGAUGUGCCAUUGCCCGUUAUCCGGGUGGCCUCCAUGUAUGCCAAYCGUGAUCAGGAGAAACUGUUGGCCGUGGUCGAUAACGGCAGCCACAGUAUCGUCGACAAGGAGCUUGAGGAUGUCCCGGUAGAGAUGAGUGGAGGGGAGCCAGGCUGUCAGUACUACGACCAGCUCCACUYCAACAACAUGUGGCUGAAGGUGGGAGACUGUGUCUACGUCCAGUCACAUGGGCUCGUUAAACCCCGUGUCGGCAGGAUAGAGAAGCUGUGGGUGCUCGACGGCGCAGCAUUUUUCUUCGGACCCAUCUUCAUCCACCCAGAGGAGACAGGACACGAGCCCACCAGGAUGUUCUACAAGAGAGAGGUGUUCCUCAGCAACGUGGAGGAGGCCUGCCCRAUGACCUGCGUCAUAGGUAAAAUGUGUGUGUCGUCCUUUAAGGACUACCUUUCGGGUCGGCCCACUGAGGUGUCUGAGGAGGACGUGUUUCUGUGUGAGAGCCGUUACAUUGAGAGUGAGAAGCAGAUGAAGAAGUUUAAGGGCCUGAAGCGCUUCUCCCUCCACGCUAAGGUGGUGGACGACGAGGUCUACUACUUCAGGAAGUUGAUAGUGCCCCAGAAGGAGCCAUCUCCUCUGCUGAAUAAGAAGAUUGAGGAACUGGAGCUGAAACUGGCAGACAUGGAUGAGGGGGAUGAGGAUCUGGAUGACCUGGAGGAUGAGAACGAGGCUCCAGAGACCCCCUCCAUGCCCACCAUUCAGACCCCUCUGGCAAGCGAUUUGGACAUCAUGCCUUACACCCCUCCUCCCCAGUCCACCCCCAAGGCGAAGGGCGUUUCUAAGAAGGAAGGAGCCAAGAGGAAGGUCAACAUGAGUGGUUAUAUCCUAUUCAGCAGUGAGAUGCGUUCGGUCAUCAAGACCCGCCACCCUGACUUCUCCUUCGGGGAGCUCAGCCGUCUGGUGGGCACCGAGUGGAGGAACCUGGAGGCUCCCAAGAAAGUAGAGUAUGAAGAGCGAGCAGCCAGGGUGGUGGAGCGGCAGGAGAAGGAGAGGGCAGCCCAGCAGCAAGCAUCCCCGAGAGCAGGUACCCCAGUAGGGUCCAUGAUGGGGGUGGUGCCUUCGCCUAGCCACAUGGGAAUGAUGCCUGGUCCAGGUAUGAUGGGUCCUGGUAUGAAUGGCAUGCAAGGAAGUCCCGGAGGCCACUACUACAUGCAACAGCCUGGGAUGUUUAGCCKGGGGCAGCAGGCUCCUCCACCCUACCCAGGCCAGCUAGGCCAGCCCUCUCACCUCCAGCCCAUGACUCCCAUGUUUGUGGCUCCACCGCCCAAGACACAGAGGGUGCUUCACUCUGAGGCCUACCUCAAGUACAUCGAGGGCUUGAACGCAGAGACCGACACAGUCAGCAAGUGGGACCAAUCUCUCAAAGCGCGUCGGAGAGAUGCCCACCUGUCCAAAGACCAGGAGAGCAGGCUCCCUUCCCAUUGGCUGAAGAGCAAGGGAGCCCACAAGACGAUGGCAGAUGCACUGUGGCGCCUGCGGGACCUGAUGCUUCGAGACUCACUGAACAUACGUCAGGUGUACAACAUGUAAAAAACCUCAAACUACUGGCCGUGUUCCUGGCUGACUUCAUUGCAGACACCUGCCAGAUCUUACAAUGCCUGGAUAGGUGUUUAACAUAUUAGCUAACCACAUCUUUUCCCGUGCAACAGACAGCAAGUGGUCCACUAAUACAGGACUAGUAAAGGCCCAGUACACUACUUUUGUGGAGAGAGAAAAAAAAGAAGAAGAAAAAAAAAAAAUAUAUAUAUAUAUAUAUUUGUUGUUAUUAUUUUGGGGGAUUUUUCAGGGGGUGCUGCAGCACCCUCCACUCCCAUACUUCGCGCGGCUAUGCAACCACUGGGCUUGUUUGGGUCCUGUGUGGCUUUUGGUAGAGUAUGGCGCUUGCAACGCCAUGGUUAUGGGUUCGAAUCCCACAGGUGAUCAGUACGAAAAAGUACAACAAUUAUGCACUCACUACUGUAAGUUUCUCUGGAUAAGAGCAUCUGCUAAAUGACUAAAAUAUAAAUGUGAAAUGUUCGACAGUGCAGGCGACUGCUGACUGACUGAUCUACUAUUAAUCUUGCYUCGUAAAUAAUGACUCAUUAUUUCUUGUACAUUAGUCAGUCACAAUUUACCCAUGAUACAUCACAGUUUUGAUGCUCUCAAACACAGCUAUUGUCUCUCUCUCACUGUCCUCAUGAAUGGACAGACACAGGAAGAAAAAUGUGGUUAGAGAAGCAAUAUUUUAUAGUGAAUCAAUCAUGGAUUUUAUAUUUUUUGAGCAUAAAAAGCUUAGGUUUGUGUGUGUGGUUUUUCUCUUUUGUAUCAUGGUUGUAAAGAUUUCUCAAUGUAAGUUAAAGUUCUUUGCAGCUUACGGUCAUUCACUGACAAAAUAAAUGUGCUGAGGACAAUUA